UUCAAUUGCUCGAACUGUCCGCCUGAGUCGCAGACAGUAAUGGCUCAUUUGCAGACCACAAUCUGCCUUCGCAUUGCCACAAUCAUCUUCUUCCUCAUCUUUCUGCUGUCUGGGAAAUCUUAUUGUAUCAGAAUUCCGAAUCGAAUCGCGGAACCAAUCAAGAUUUCAUCAAGCCAUCAGUCCUUGAAAACUGCAGUUUUUGCUCUGGGAAGUUUCUGGAGAUCCGAAGCCGUCUUUGGUUGUUUGGAUGGAGUUGUCCGGACCACCGUCGGCUACGCCGGUGGUACGAAACAGAAUCCUGAAUAUCGUAGCUUGGGGGAUCACGCCGAGUCUGUACAGGUUGAUUAUGAUCCUAAGCUUAUUAGUUUUAAGCAACUCUUAGAGGUUUUUUGGUCCAGUCAUGAUUCUAGGCAAGUGUUCGGGCAAGGUCCUGAUGUGGGCAACCAGUACAGAUCUAUCAUUUUUACUAAUAAUGAUACUGAAGAAUCUAGACUGGCUGCUGUCAGCAAAGAAAAAGAGCAACUGAAGUCAAGAGGAAGUGCUGUAACUACUCAAAUUCAGGAACUUGGAGCAUUUUAUCCUGCUGAGGCUGAACAUCAGAAAUUUGAGCUGAAGAGGAAUCCCUUUUUUCUUCAAUUAAUGGGAAACUUGCCAGAAGAAGAGCUUGAGAUGUCCACUUUGGCAGCAAAUAUGAAUGGAUAUGCUGCAGAUCUCUGUCCUCCGAAGACUCAGAAGCAGAUUGAUGCCAAGAUUAACGACAUUAUCAAAAAAGGAUGGCCCAUUCUGAGAGAAAAAUAAGUUCAUCUUCUUACAAAGUUCUAGCUUGGAUGGCAAAGCGAUGCUGUUGCAUCAGAUGAUCUUCUUGGUAGGUUGCAGAAGCCAAAAUUGUUUGGAUCUCGAUUGAAUUUACUCUCUCGGCUUCAAUUUUGUGUAUCUACAAAUUUCAUUUUUUGGGUUCAAACCCAUCAUGUAGAUUGAUUACUCAUUUCCAAUUGGGAAAUUUUCAUUCUUUAAAACUUUCGUUUCCGUAUCUCGCAUCAAGAAACUGAGCUGUAUUGUAUUGUUCCACAAUUUCUGAUUUAGAGUAACAGGUAUUGAGAUUCAGGUUCACUAGCAAAA